AAAAACUAAGUACCUACUUACUAACAUGUCGCACUUAUGAAAGCAAGAAUAAUUUAAUCGAUUAAGCGAUGAGCGACAGGGGUGCAAGGCGGAGCUUCGGUGCGCCUUUCUAUGCUGCCCCUCGCCGCAAGACCUCUUCGGAGAUUAUCAGCGAAGCCCGAGCUGCUAUAAGCGCCGAGAUGAGCAGCAUAGCGAAUGGAGUGGGGGGCUCGCUGCGUCCGCUGCGCACGCGUCGUCCGUUUACGCCACGCGAGCCGCAACGUACACUGUUCACAGAAAACGCGCGGAAGAAAGACGCCCGUCCGCCGAGCUCGUUUGACCUCAAACAUCUAAAAAUAACAGAGAGUAGCGAAGAUGAGUUGGUUGCUGGUAUUGCUGCUGAUAUUCAGCCUGGAUAUCGCGAUGAAACUUUCGGACUGGAUACAUUGCCAGGGAGCAGAAUUAAUGCCAAGAAAAUACCCGCUGUACGGCCACUGCGAGCUGCCCAGGAAAGAUCUAACGAAGGUUGGAGCCGUUUUACCAAAUUACCUCACCUCAGUGGCAGGAGUAAGCCCUUGCAUCGGAGAAAUACUACUGAGCAAUCGGGUCCUAGUCCAGAGACUUCUACUAAGAGAAAACAAUUCGCGUCCAGCAAAUCAGUAUCAUAUGAGACGGGCGUCGCGCUUGGAGAAGUGUUGGUAACGCAACUAGAAGUUCAGUUGCCCAACACAUUCAAUGGCAACGAUGAUUAUAGAAACAUGACUGUACUGGAGUUGGCCGAGGCGCUUUCGCAAAAAACUCGAGAUGUCGACCGAAUAGUUCAAUUGCUGGAGGCUCUACAAAGUAUUAUCGUGAAAACCUUACCAGGAAACAGCCUUCGUGAGUUAGUUCUACGUUCGUUAUACACGCAUAUUGACUGCGAAGAUGAACGUGUUCUGGUGGCUACUGCUAGAGCUAUGCUAACGAUGGGUGUAACUGGUUCACACUUAGCCGCCGCCUGUAAACUUGUAUUUAAAAUCGCAAGAAACGACAAAAACGACCAUUUUUUUAAGAAUAGUAAUCUUCUUGACUUGCUCGUGGAAGGAUGCGGUCGUGUGGAUCCACUCACGGAAAGCGAAUGUUGCGUUUAUGCGGCGGGUGCGUUGCGUUUUCUGGCGUUGGAGCCGCGACUGUGUGCGUUGGCGCAUCGCGCUGGUGCGUUGCCACUCACUGCAUUACACCUCAAGAUAUUGAAUAAUGCGAAAACGGAAAGACCUCGUCAUGUUUCUGAGCAAGCCACACACGCGCUUUACCAAGUGACGGGUGCUCUUCGUAACCUGGCGGGAGGUGAGGAGAGCGGGCGAGCGUUUGCAGCGAGUGGCGUCCUCGCCGAGCUGUUAGCCGCGCUCACUCUGCACACCGAUCGAGAUGUGCUCACCAACGUGGCAAGGUGUCUCAGCGUUCUAUCAGCCGAAGAGAGCUGCUGUGAAUGGUUGUGUGCGUCGCCAAUAAGUGCCAGUGCAUUGCUAACUGCAUUAGCCGCUUGCGCAUCAAGAGCUCCACUUACUGUCCGUUUGGCUUACACUCUGGGCAACAUGGCCGCUGCUGACGAACAAGCUCGUAUCAACAUUUACAACGAAGAAGGUGGUAUCGAUGUGCUACUGACGAUUCUGGAGUCCUAUGCUCAACGAAAUGAGAUCGAUGCAAGAGACCUUGAUGCCGAUCCAGACUUACAUUUAGUGGGGUCUGACCUUGGUGGAUCUGACGGAUCUAAUGAAGAUGUACUUAUAAAGACAGUACGCGUGAUAGCUAACCUCUGCCUCGCCGAGUUUGCUGGUAGGGGAUUGGCAGCGUCGCACGCAGAACGAACAGUUCGCGCGCUCCUAUCCUGCUUGCAGUUGGCUGAAAAACCCGUCCAUAAGACGGUUGAGAUAUCAGAAGAAGACUACAACUCAUGGGUGGAACGUCACGAAGAGUUGGCUAUGGCGGCACUUGCAACUCUGAACAAUAUUACUUUCUUCUUCGAGCCUUCGGAGUCUUCACACCACAAUAUACUUGAUCAGCUUUGCAAAGCUACAUGUCGAUGGGUGCGCGGUACAGGCGCUGCAGCCUGUGAGGCUGUGCGGGCUCUGGGCAACUUGACGCGAUCAGCUCGCGCUUCUCAACUCAUCGUACUGGAAGGAGCUCUUGAUGCUUUGUCUCCGUUGCAACACCAUGAGGACCCCAGCGUGCGUUGCGCGGCGGCGGGCGUGCUCGUGAACGUGUGCGGCGCGGGAAGUGCGGGCGAGGCAGCGACUGCCGCGGCGCGUGCCCUGAGGCAUGCGGCGCACACACGUGACGUGCCAGCCGCCGCGUUGCUCACUCGCGCGCUUUGGAACGCUCAAGCGCAUCGCCCGCUCGACCCCGCGCAAGCUCAACAGACCACUGCUGCGCUAUCCGUCUUUAUUGACGAUGAUACGAUGUUCACCGCCUGCGAAGCAUCAAAAAUCGGCGAGCGACGUGCCAGCGACCCGCAAUUGUCAAGGCUUCAUCACGUAAAAUUUGAUGUCGACAACAACAAUUAUCAGGACGAAAUGAAGGAUCUUUGUCAUGAACCAAACCUGGCAGUCAAGGCUUUCAGUGUAGAAGAAGACCUGCACUUGGAUCAUUACGAUGAUGAUGACGGGGAGCGGUAUUCUGGUGAAGACCUAGGGUUUGAGGAAGGUGAGAUAGAGGAAUGCGAAUGUGGUCCGUGUAAGAGAUUGGCGGCGUGGGAAGAGUUGGUGGGAGUGGCCAUACCUUUGCUGGAGCAGCUCCGACCCCCGAGAGCUGACGCCUCUGUAGGCACGGACUAAUCAGAUUAUAAAUGAACCAAAAUAAAUUGAAUUUUCAAGAAUAAAAUUCCAAAGCUGCUUUAA